CAUAACGUAUUUAUAUUUAAGAAACAUAAAAACCACGAAACAAAAUGCAGAAUAUUUUCUUAAACAUUAUGGUACGGAAAUUUAUUUUCACAUUUCAAAGAGAAUAGGACAAUAUAGCUUUAAAUGUAAUAUAAAAGCUCGACAAAAAACAAAUCUGCAAACUGUAUCUGUAAAUCUAGUUGGUCUUUUAAAAAGCAGUCACAGUCUAAAGAUGGACGUAGAGACCAGCAUCCAAGUGGCCGACUAUGUUGUAUGUGUUGUUGUCUUGUUGAUUCCUAUGGCCAUCGGGAUUUUGUUCGCUGUUAAAGACGCGAAGAAGGCGACCAGAGAGGAAUAUUUGUUUGGAGGGAGACGGAUGUCCCUAGGGCCUGUGGCGUUGUCACUUUUUGCAACAUACAUGUCAGGCAUUGCUAUAAUCGGCACCACUGCUGACAUGUACACGAACGGAGCCAUGAUAACCAUCAUGUAUGUUGGAAUUUCUGUCAGCUACGCAAUCGGUCUGUUCACCAUUGUGCCGCUGUUCUAUUCGCUACAACUGACAAGUAUCUAUGAGUACUUCGAGUUGAGGUUCCACUCACGUGCAGUGAGGAUGUCAGCACUGACCGUUGGUAUGUUACAGACCAUCUGCUACAUGGCUGUAGCUCUCUACAGUCCAGCUCUAGGGCUACAGACAACAGCAAACAUUCCAUUAUGGAUGUCUAUUGUUAUUGUUGGCAUCAUCGGCACCGUGUACUCAGCUCUGGGUGGUAUCAAGAGCGUUGUCUGGGCGGACGCUUUUCAAUGUUUCGUCAUGUUUGGUGGGGCUCUUCCUAUUAUUAUCGUAGGUAUAAAAACAGCAGGUGGGUGGUCAGAAGCGUGGCCACUAGCUGUGAAAGGUGGAAGAGUUUCUUUUGACUCGUUCGACAUUGAUCCUAGAGAAAGACAUACCUGGUGGGGAAUGGUCCUAGGCUGCGCUUUCAUGUGGCUAGGCAGUACAUUCAACCAGUCAACCAUCCAAAGGUUGUGUGCCAUGAAGACAAUGAGAGACGCCAAGCUGUCGUUUAUCCUAAACAUCCCAAUUAUUUUAUUUUACGGCGUUGUGAUGUUUUUUGUUGGCUUCGGAGUUUACGUGUAUUUUACAACCAUUCAAUGUGACCCAGUUACUAGCGGUUUAAUCAGCAACAGAAACCAAAUUAUGCCAUUCUCCGUGAUGCACGCUCUAAAAGACAUGCCUGGGUUGGCUGGUCUUUUCAUGGCCACACUGUUCAGUGCUUCACUCAGUACUAUUUCAUCAGGUUGGUUCAGUGCUUCACUCAGUACUAUAUGGUGUCAUUUGCGCCUGGAGUUUUUCAAAGACACAGCUCUGGCAACUAAAGCACCACAGCCUUAUGUAAAGCCUUAA